UAAAAAGUUUUAAUACAUUCCAUACUUAUUAAAGAGAGGGAAAUAAUUCAGUCUAUAUUAUCACUUACUAUAAUUAAGUCUAUAUUUACUGUAUAUACAUAAAAGGGACAUUAUUCAAUAAACUCUCAUAACAAAUGUACCGGUAAGGAAGAGGAAGUGAGUUAUUUCCCUUCACUAUUUCAUUCAAAAACAAAAGAGGAAAAAAAUAUAGUAAAAUUUCCACCUAUCUAGACAGACGGAAAGAACUAGUUUUUUUUAUAUAAAAUUCAACAUUCAAAAAUGUUUCAAGAACCUGACUACAGAGAAAACCUAUCAUUGGCGUUAUCAGAGGUUUUAGAUGACAUUGGUGUCAAUGAAAGAAUGGUGAUGAGAAGGAGAAGAAAUUACAUGCUCAUACAGACUACGAAGAAUAUCAGCGACAGGUUAACUGAUACAAAUAAUACUUCAUAUCAUUUAGGGAGCCAAAGUGAAGGUACAACUACUAUAGGACUUGAGUCAGACGUUGAUCUCCUAUUCUGUAUGCAUGAUUUCAAUAUAAUACAAGACUGGUCAGAGUGGGAACAUGGCAAGGAAAACUAUCUCAUGAUACAGGAUGAGAACACUACCCCAGGUUAUUGUUUCUUACAAUCGCUCCGACAAGAUGUACCUCUUCCUGACACUGUCAUUCCUGAUGAACACCAUAUAACUGAUAGAAGUGAAAGAGUAUUGCUUAAAAACACAGUAAUAAAUCAUAUGGUGUACGGUGCUUUUGGUCAGCAGCAUGGACCAUCUGUUGCUAUACAAGGACAAUCUGGAUUCUUUGAUGGAGACAAUGUGUUAGCUUUUCCUUGUAAAUCGUGGCCACAAUCAGCAUCAGGUUGGUUAGAGAGACAAGGUAUUGGUAGAUGGCCAACACAAGACAUGAGAAGAUAUGCAGCCAGUACUGGUUGUUUUGUUGUUCCAACUGGAAGCAAAGUCAGUGAAUAUCCUGAACUUGAAUGGAGAAUAUCUACAUCCCUGGCAGAAAGGUGUUUGAUGUCAAAUCUAAAUAUAACACAAAUAAGGUGCUAUGUAUUAUUGAAAAUGAUUCUGAAAUCGUUCCUUAAUCCUCACGCGGAAAUUAAUAUAUCAAGUUUCAUGUGUAAAACAGUUCUAUUACAUUGUAUAGAAAACACAGAGCCAAGUGUAUGGAAAGAUAACAAUUUAUUCACAUGUUUAACAUACUGCUUAUUGGAACUACACAGCUGUGUACAGAAUGACCGUUGUUCACAUUUCAUUAUACCGGACAAUAAUUUGAUGGCAGGGCAAUUUACAGCUGAGACAAAACAUGAACUUUCAAAAAAUAUUUGUGAACUUAUACAGAAUGAUAGACAAUGGUUACUUAGUAUUGAUAUUGAUAAUCUUGGUCAUAGACUUCAAGUAAAACUGAACAGGAUACCACAUAGAGUUUACUAUUUUCCUUCUUCUCUUCAAAUAUAUGAACAAGUUUUGACCUCGACGUAUGGAAGCAAUGCAUUUAACAUAAGUAUGCGGUAUAUGCUUGUUUUAAAUCAUUUAAAAAAUGAAAACAUAAGAACAAUAAAGCAACUUGUAGUUAAAUUGAUGAACUUCAGUAAUAAUGGCAAUAGAUUAGAACAUGCUGCAUUCAAGCUUCUAGCACCUUUUCUUUUUACCACAUAUGGAUCUAUCUUAGCAUCAUCCAGCAUAGGUGAAAAUAAUCAAAUGUCACCUGAAGCAUUGGUUUGGUUAUCAGCUGGUUUAAACUCAGAUACCUCAUCUAGCAGACUUAAAUUGGCUUCAGUGUUCUACAGUACAGGAGAUAUGGAGAAAGCUGAACAAAUUCUGAGACACACUGAACAACAAUAUUACUCAUAUCCUGUUGUACCUAUCUGUGGCUGCUGCUACUGCAAGAAGCCUUUACCAACAGUAAAGGCAGAAUUUUUGAGGGUAUGUGGUGAGCAAAGUUGGGACUGUAUCAAACAUAAUACAGCAUUUUGUGUCAGAUUUAUACAGAAAGAGAUCAACUGUGUUCCUCAUGAACUACAAUAUGAAAUGUUCAGAUCUACACAAGAUGACAUGAUACAUAGAGAAUAUCUUGAUGACUUAUGGAUGGACUGGGCUGUAGUUGAUUCUCUACCUUUCCUGUACUUUCUACAAUACAAGGUCUACAGUCAUCUACAAAGACAUCAAGAUCAACAACAAGCACUUUGUAAACUUAUAAGAACCAUAUUAACAGAUAAAAACCUUGGACAUAGAGAAACAGCUCUCAACAUCUUAGGACAAUGUAUGGAACAAGAAAACAGACACCAACAGGCAUUAAACUGCUACCUGCUUUCUCUUCAACAAAGGCCAAGAAACAAUGUAGCAAUCAUACAUAUAUGUAAACUCCUUUCUGGCUUAUUGUCUAGCCAAUAAUAAGGGGUCAAAACAGAUGACAGUAUUAAAAUUGAAGUUUUCAAUGAUCAUAAUAAUACUGCUUGUAUGUCAAUGAAAAUGUCAAAAUAUAUUAUAAGA